AUGUUCGAUGAAGCGAAGUUUGUUCUUUUUGGGGAUUCAAUUACUCAAUUUGCCAAUGAAAAUUUCAAUGCCGGGCAUCCUAAUACCCAUUUUUUCUUUCAAUCUAGUCUUCAAAAAGACUAUGUUCGUAAAUUAGAUAUAAUCAAUAGAGGAUUCAGUGGAUACAAUUCUAAUCAUGCCAGGGUGAUUCUCCCACGCAUUCUCGAAUCUGAUCCCAAUAUUAAACUAAUGACGGUAUUUUUUGGUACUAAUGAUGCCGUGCAAACAAUCCAAUAUGUACCUUUGGACAAGUACGCUGAAAAUGUAUCUUUUAUGAUUGACGAGAUCAAGAAAAAGAAUAUAAAACCAAUCUUGAUUGGUCCUGGAUUACAUCAAAGCUUUUCAUUCGUAGCUGAAAAACUAAACUUAAGUGAAGUACCAGAAGAUAAUGGUAAUAAUAUUACAAAUAAAGAAUAUUCUGAACUGGCCAAAAUGGUAGCAGAAAAGCAUGGCAUUCCAUUCAUUGAUUUAUGGCAAGGACUCAGAAUUGCUGGCGGCUGGUCCGAAGAUCAGUUGUUGAAACAAGAUAUCGAUCUCGGUGAGUUUUUACUUGACAAUGUUCACUUGAACUGUAAUGGCUAUAAAGUUUUGUACGAUUUAUUAAUGGAUUCGAUCAGAAAAAAUUAUCCCGAGUAUUCACCAGAAGAAAUGGACUUCAAAUGUCAAUACUGGAGAUCCAUUGACCCAAAUAAUAUCGAAGGAACGAUUUUCCAAUCUUACCAUACUCCACCUUAA